CACCGCUGCCUUCCUCUGCUGGGCGCCAGCUGCUUCUUAGGCCUGAGCGAGAGCCGACGGCGUGCGGGCGCAGCUGCAGCCUGAGCGCCGGCGGGGCUGGUGGGCCCCGCACCCUCUCUCCUCCUUACCGCCCGCGCCCUCGGACAUGGUGGCCCCCGGCUCUGUGACCAGCCGGCUGGGCUCGGUGUUCCCCUUCCUGCUGGUCCUGGUGGACCUGCAGUACGAAGGUGCUGAAUGUGGAGUAAAUGCAGAUGUUGAGAAACAUCUUGAAUUGGGCAAGAAGUUACUUGCAGCUGGACAGCUAGCUGAUGCUUUAUCUCAGUUUCAUGCUGCAGUAGAUGGAGACCCAGAUAACUAUAUUGCUUACUAUCGGAGAGCUACUGUCUUUUUAGCUAUGGGCAAAUCAAAAGCAGCACUUCCUGAUUUAACUAAAGUGAUUGAAUUGAAGAUGGAUUUCACUGCAGCAAGAUUACAGAGAGGUCACUUAUUACUCAAACAAGGAAAACUUGAUGAAGCAGAGGAUGAUUUUAAAAAAGUGCUCAAGUCUAACCCAAGCGAAAAUGAAGAAAAGGAAGCCCAGUUGCAACUUGUGAAAUCUGAUGAAAUGCAACGUUUGCGUUCCCAAGCACUUGAUGCUUUCGAGAGCUCAGAUUAUACUGCUGCUAUAACCUUCCUUGAUAAGAUUUUAGAGGUUUGUGUUUGGGAUGCAGAACUACGGGAACUUCGAGCUGAAUGUUUCAUAAAAGAAGGGGAACCUAGGAAAGCGAUAAGUGACUUAAAAGCUGCGUCAAAAUUGAAGAAUGAUAAUACUGAGGCUUUUUAUAAAAUUAGCACACUGUACUAUCAACUAGGAGACCAUGAACUGUCCCUCAGUGAAGUUCGUGAAUGUCUUAAACUUGACCAGGAUCAUAAAAGGUGUUUCGCACACUAUAAACAAGUAAAGAAACUGAAUAAGCUAAUUGAGUCAGCUGAAGAGCUCAUCAGAGAUGGCAGAUACACGGAUGCAACCAGCAAAUACGAAUCUGUCAUGAAAACAGAGCCAAGUGUUUCUGAAUAUACGAUUCGUUCGAAAGAAAGGAUUUGCCACUGCUUUUCUAAGGAUGAGAAGCCUGUUGAAGCUAUUCGAGUAUGUUCUGAAGUUUUACAGAUGGAACCUGACAAUGUGAAUGCUCUGAAAGAUCGAGCAGAGGCCUAUUUAAUAGAAGAAAUGUACGAUGAAGCUAUUCAGGAUUAUGAAACUGCACAGGAACACAAUGAAAAUGAUCAGCAGAUUCGGGAAGGUCUAGAGAAGGCACAAAGGCUACUGAAACAGUCGCAGAAACGAGAUUAUUAUAAAAUCUUGGGAGUAAAAAGAAACGCCAAAAAGCAAGAAAUCAUUAAAGCGUACCGAAAAUUAGCACUGCAGUGGCACCCAGAUAACUUCCAGAAUGAAGAAGAAAAGAAGAAAGCGGAGAAAAAGUUCAUUGACAUCGCAGCUGCUAAAGAAGUCCUCUCUGAUCCAGAAAUGAGGAAGAAGUUUGAUGAUGGAGAAGAUCCCCUGGAUGCAGAGAGUCAACAAGGAGGGGGCGGCAGCCCUUUCCACAGGAGCUGGAACUCAUGGCAGGGGUUCAAUCCCUUCAGCUCAGGCGGACCUUUUAGAUUUAAAUUCCACUUCAAUUAAACCAGCUGUUUUUCUGCUCUUCUUCCUUAAUUUUUUUAAAGAUUAAAAACAAAGAAACCUUGUUCCGGGAUCCUAAUGAAAAAAAAAAUUCAAAUCUUAGUUUGUCCAUGACCAAAGAGUUGUUUGUUUUAAGAGGAAAAAUCGUUCUGUCCAUUUUAGACGGGAGGUUGAUGGGUAUGUGGAGGCAGGGAGGCGGAGACCGGUUCUGUUUCUGACAAAGCAGCUGGUGUAAAUGCCGGGGGGUCUGGGGCAGGGUCUGUGGGAGGCGCAGCGCUGGCAGGGCUCACGCGGGCUGCACAGGUGCGCAGACUCUCCCCCCAGCCUGUGGGGACGGCGGCGCCCAAGCGUCCGGGGGAGCCCUGGGCCUCGUGAGAAGGGCCGUGUUGUAGGAUUCUUGACGAGAGCACCGGCGUGUUGAGCUGUACGUUCUUAGGGACAGUCAGUCCGGGUGCUUGCCACUAUCUGUUAGAGCCUCCGCGGACGACGCAUAAGUGUUUCAGCUCCGCUGGCGUGAGCGCAGCUGUCACCGGAGGAGGGACGGAGCCCAUCAUCUUUUAGAAAACUGCGACCAAGUGGUAGUUGGUUUGGCCAGGUGCAGACUGGAUGGAUGUGAAGCAUUGCUUGUCGGGUACCUGCAAGAGAACACCGAAGACCACGGACAUAGAAUUCACCGUAACAACGUAUGGGCCCUUUUGUUUAACAUGAAACAAAUUAAAAGAGUAAUAUGUAACACAGGUUCAGAUAAUAGAGCAGUGGUGUUACUUAAAAUAAGCUUGACGUGCAGAAUGAAAUAAAUACUUUAACAACUGAAGUGAGCUAAACAAUUUCCUGUAACAGGACUGCCUUAGAGUUAAAUGUAAAGUUGCUCAGUUGACAGAAGCCAUGUACCCCACUUUUAAUAAAGGUGGCGGGGCAGCUUCUCUUCCAUCCUUCCAGCCUGGCCGACCCUCUUGGACUGUAGUACCCCCCCCCGCCCCCGCGGGACUGUUGGAGGCAGGCAUUAGACAGGAGACCUGCCCCUUGACCCGACCCUGACGCCUCUGGAUGUUCUGCCUAGAAACAAACACACGUUUACAAACCUAGUCAGCUCGGGCUGCAUUUCCACCGUCAAGAUGGCAUCUCUUCUUGGGAUACCUUCCUCUUACCUUUUAAGAAAUGAACUUAUUCAGUCUUUGUAUACUGGAUAAUUUUUUCCCUAAAAACUGAGUGUUACUUUAAUCAAGAACAUUAAAUAUUUAUGGAACUAUUGCUGCAUUUAAACUGUAAGAGAAUUACUUUAGAUAAGAAUUCCUGCCUUCGUUCUGGAAAGGUUUUUUGUUUGGGCCUCAGAGGAUUUUGAUGAGUAUGGGUCUAAUAUAUUGUUUUUAUGAAAUCAAGCAUUUUAAUUUCAGUGGCAGGCGGUGUCCUGAUCACGGCAGCCAAGCACAGAGCCUUUCCUUCCCCCAUCAUCCUGAAACAUGCGUGGAGAAGACGUUUUCACACGGAGAGACAAAAACCACAUAGUGGCGUUGAGCAGAACACCUGUGUGCUUUUCGCAUUUACUUAGAAGUUUAUUUCUUACCAAUAAACAACGCAUUUUGAAAAUCAGUGACUAGUUCGCAGGUUUCCUUUUGUUUGAAGGUCUCAAAAUUCAAGCCAGUACUGAAAGGGUUUCCAAGGGAAAUUCAUUUUGUUUAUUCUCUCAUCUUAGUAAUCUCAUGCCUCCAUUUUAUCAGCAA